CUUCUGCACGUUUCAUUCCUCUCCUCUCCUCCUCUAUCUCCUUCUCUCUCUUUUUAUUAAGCGACCAUGUUUGGGGCGACUAAAGACUUUAUGGGGAAGCCAGCGCCCCCAGGUUAUAUUGCUGGUCUUGGACGAGGUGCAACUGGAUUCACCACUCGGUCCGAUAUUGGUCCUGCUCGCGAGGGUCCUACUGAGGCGGAUAUCCUCAAACUUCAGGAGCAAGCAAAACGGAAGGGGGCUGAUACUGGGGAUGACGAUGACGAUCGCUAUCAGGACCCAGACAAUGAAACGGGAUUGUUUGACACGGCUCCAUAUGAAGCUGAUGAUGAAGAGGCUGAUUUAAUUUAUAAAGCUAUUGAUGAUAAACUGGACGAGCGCCGAAAGGCUAGAAGGGAGGCGCGAGAAAAGGAAAUGGAAGAAAAGCUUAACAAAGAACGCCCAAAGAUUACAGCACAGUUUGCAGAAUUGAAGCGUGGACUGAAUGCUGUUACUGAAGAAGAAUGGGAGAACUUACCUGAAGGUGGAAAUAUCUCUGGAAGGAAUCGUAAAAAGGCACAGUUGAGAGAAAAGUUUGCGCCCGCUCCUGAUUCACUCCUUCCAAGAGCACAGGAAGAAAUGGCUACCACGUUGGAUGCACGGACAAAUGGAUUAACUACACCUGUCCCAGGAACAAUGACAAAUUUCAGAGAGAUCGGAGAGGCUAAUAAGCAGGUUCUAGGAAUGCGAUUGGAUCGUAUGGCUGAUUCAGCAUCUGGAAAGACAACGAUUGAUCCCAAAGGAUAUUUGACAGGCCUCAAUAGCGUUGUGAUCAGGAGCGAGGCAGAAAUUGGUGACCUUAAAAAAGCGCGUGAUUUGCUAAAGUCAGUCAUCACCACUAAUCCAAAACAUGCGCCAGGAUGGAUUGCUGCAGCUCGUUUAGAAGAACAUGCUGGGAAAUUGGUAGAUGCACGUCAAAUCAUAGAUAAGGGGUGCGCGGAAUGUCCGAAAUCUGAAGAUAUAUGGCUGGAGGCUGCUCGACUCAACAACACGGAUAAUGCAAAGAAGAUUUUGGCAAACGCAGUUAAACAGAUUCCACACUCAGUCAAGAUUUGGCUUCAUGCUGCACAGCUUGAGACAACAGUUAAGGCCAAAAAGACGGUUAUUCGGCGUGCACUUGACUUUGUCCCCAAUUCUGUGAGGCUCUGGAAAACUGCUGUGGAACUUGAGGACGAUCCCAAUAACGCCCGCAUUUUGCUUGCGCGUGCAGUUGAAUUAGUACCGCUUUCUGUGGAGUUGUGGAUUGCGCUAGCACGUUUGGAGACAUAUGAGAAUGCACAGAAGGUUUUGAACCAGGCGCGUGCCAAGAUCCCAACAUCGCACGAGAUUUGGAUUACAGCUUUCUGUUUGCAGGAAGCCAACAAUAAGGAUGUGGAGAAAUUGGUAGCAAAUGCUAUCAAAAAGCUAUCGGUCAUGGAAUCAGCACUGAGUCGUGAACAGUGGCUUGAAGAAGCAGAAAAGUGUGAAAAGAACGGAUUUAUCAACACUUGCCAAGCCAUUGUCCGCGCCACUGUGGGUAUGGGUAUUGAAGAAGCGGAUUUGAAAUCAACUUGGAUGGAGGAUGCACAAAAUGCUAUUGAGCGCCAGUCAUAUGGCACUGCACGGGCGAUUUAUGCACAUGCUCUCAGAACUUUCCCUUCCAAAAAGUCUAUUUGGCGACGUGCAGCAAUGUUGGAAAAGGCCCAUGGCACGAGGGAGUCUUUGGAAGAAUUGCUUGUCCGUGCUGUCAAAUUCUGCCCACAAGCCGAAUUCUUGUGGCUUAUGGGGGCCAAAGAGAAAUGGAUUGGGGGCGAUGUGCAAGCGGCUCGUGCUAUCUUGGAUGCUGCUUUCGAAGCGAAUCCCAAUAGCGAACAAAUUUGGUUGGCAGCAGUUAAAUUAGAAGCAGAGAACGGUGAGCAUGGUCGUGCAGAACUUCUCUUAUCUAAGGCACGAGAGAAGGCUGAUACCCAGAAGGUGUGGAUGAAGUCUGCUGUCCUAAAGCGCCAGUUGGGUAAGAUUGAUGAGGCACUGGAGCUAUUGGACGUAGGCCUGACCAAAUACCCUAACGCAGACAAACUAUGGAUGAUUCGGGGCCAAAUCUUGGUUGACCGUGGUGAUAUUCAAAAGGCUCGAGAGAAUUAUCUCAAGGCCUUGAAGAGUUGUCCGAAAUCAAUACCUCUCUGGAUCUUGGCAUCAAGACUGGAGGAGAAGGCUGGAAUGCUGACUAAGGCAAGAUCCUUGCUAGACAAGGCACGCUUAUUAAAUCCCAAGACCCCAGAAUUAUGGUUGGAGUCCGUACGGAUCGAAUUACGUGGAAACAAUGCUAAUUUUGGCAGGGCACAGAUGGCGAAAGCACUUCAGGAAUGUCCUACUUCAGGCUUAUUGUGGUCAGAAUCCGUUUGGCUUGAGACAAGAGCACAGCGUAAAGGCAAGAUUGUGGACGCCUUGAAGAAGUCAGAAAACUCGGCCCAUGUCCUUAUCACAGCAGCUCGUCUUUUCUGGUCCGAUCGACAGGUCGAGAAGGCACGGUCGUGGUUCCUUCGAGCAGAGAAGGCAGAUUCAGAUCUAGGCGAUGCAUGGGCCUGGCACUACAAAUUUGAGGUUGAAUACGGUGACGAGGCAAGAAAAGCAGAGUUGGUGAUGCGAUGCAAGGCUGCAGAACCACGGCAUGGAGAGUACUGGCAAGCAGUAGCCAAGGAUCUUAAAAACGCAGGGAAACCAUUAGAAGAGAUACUUGUCCUUGUAGCGGCCUCAUUACCACCUAAUAUGGUUGCAUAACACUCUGCUGUAUUGAAGCUUUUAGAUUAUUC